CUAUAUGCCAAUCUUUUCUAUUUACUUUCACUCUCAUUUUCUGAAUAUUAUAACUGUCCUUCCUUGUACUAGUUGUACUGCAUGUUAUACAUAAUAGUAAAUAUACUAUGUUUACUAUUAUCUACUAAGUGGACUCGGCAGGCAUCACUAAUCAGACUGAAAUAAAAUAACUAGCGUCUUCACUUUCGGUUCAGAGAUGAAAUGAAAAUUGUUAGCUUUCACUCAUGGCUUUCACCCCAGUUCCCACAUCGCUGAGUGCCCCGCGAGGAGCGGCUGUCACGAUUCUCACUCUCCACCUCAUCAAAAUUCCAACACGUGCUACUUAUUUUUUUUUAAUUCUGAAGUAAUUGUUAAUUUCUAUCUUGCUAAUUGUUGUACCACAAAAAUUAAGAUAAGUGAGUUUUUACAGAAUAGUUUAGAGUCUGUGGCGAAAGGAUCAUAUCAUCAUAAACUUUGAAAUUCAAACUUCAGUUUACGGGGGCAAUUUACAUUUUGUGUUACACCGUGAAAAAGUAGCUUGCACUUAAAUCAGAUUCUAAUAAAAUGGCGGAAGGGAGUGAUGACGAGAAGAAGACGCACGGUCCCAUCGACAAUGCUUGGGAAAUGAAAAUUCCAGAGUUUAAGAAAGAAGAUAAUCCAAAUGGGCUUGCGGAUGAAAGUUCUUUUGCCACUUUGUUUCCGAAAUACCGAGAAAAAUAUUUAAGAGAAGCUUGGCCCUUGGUGCAAAAAUGUUUGUCAGAGUACGAUUUAAAAGGAGAGCUGGAUGUUGUCGAAGGAAGUAUGACAGUUAAAACUACGAGGAAGACUUGGGAUCCUUAUAUCAUUGUUAAAGCGAGAGAUAUGAUUAAACUGAUGGCCAGAUCGGUUCCUUUCGAACAAGCAAUGAAAGUCCUUCAGGAUGACAUGGGCGCUGACAUUGUAAAAAUUGGAAGCUUGGUGAGGAAUCGAGAACGAUUUGUACGGAGAAGACAAAGACUCAUCGGACCCAGCGGGGCAACGCUUAAAGCAAUCGAAUUACUGACGAAUUGCUACGUGCUAGUGCAGGGUAACACCGUUUCAGCAGUUGGACCUUACAAAGGGCUGCAACAGGUUCGGAGAAUUUCCGAGGACACCAUGAAAAAUAUUCAUCCAAUAUAUCACGUCAAAACUUUGAUGAUUAAAAAGGAACUCAUGAAAGAUCCAAAGCUGAAGGAUGAAAAUUGGGAACGAUUCCUACCCAAAUUCAAAUCUAAGACACUUAGCAAGCGAAAAGAGCCAAAGAAGAAAAAGAUUAAAAAGCCAUACACACCUUUCCCACCACCUCAACCAGAAAGCAAGGUUGACAAAGAACUUCAGUCUGGUGACUACUUUUUACAAGAGAAAGAACGAAAAAUGAAAAAGUACCUCGAAAAGAAAGAGAAGCAAUUAGAAGCAGCCAAAGUGCGUGAGGCGAAAAGAAAUUCCGCCUUUAUAGCUCCACCUGAACCCCAAGUUUCUUCCUCCUCUAAGAAAAUUAAAAGCAAUACCAAUGACGAGGUUGAUGUUGACAAUCUCAAAAAGAAAGUAAAAACUAUGCAGAAAAAAUUGGAUAAAAAACGAAAGUCCAAUGUGUAAACUUAACUAAGCUCGUUUAAAUUGCCACUUUAUGAGCUAGUUUUUGUCGUAUUACAGAUACUGAUAAUAUGUCUAAACAUGUGGUACAUAUUUUAACUACAAUAAUGUAGCUUUUGUUAUUUGCAGUAUAUGUGUGAGGCGAUUAAAAUUUUGAUUGUUAUUACACAAA